AUGGCUUUCACAGUUCUUGUCUCCUUCUCUCUCCUAGCGCUGGUCGUUACAGCUCGACCCCUCGCUCCGCGAGACGCUCACGCCGACUAUGCUCAGCUCGAUAUACAGUCGACAGUUCAGGCUGUCUUCGAGUCCAGGACCAAAGACUCCUUCGAUACUUUGGACCUCACCGGCAGCGAAUAUGAUAUUCGCAUCAUCUCUGCUGAAGAGCAGCAGGCCUACCUAUCAUCUUUGGACAGCAGUGCCAUUAAGGCGCUGGUUCCUCUGGACGAGAAUCGGCCACUCUCUGAAGAGGAGAAGGCUCUCAUUGAGAUGCUUGGCACCUCGGACCGUAUGGAAGACGUUGAAGGCGCCAGCGCCCCCCUUCCUGAAGACGAAGUGUCUUCGUCGCCUGCGACGAAGGACGCUGAUCUGACGGCGGAGGUGGCCGCCGAGGCUGACAUACCGGAUUCGGCCUCCUCGCUUGAGUUCGCACACAGCCUGCCCUCGGUACACUCGGAACCGAUCGUCAUUGCGGUUUCUUGCCUAGUAGCGCUGCUUGCGUUGGCAUGCGUCGGCGGCUUCCUCUACGCUAUCUACUAUGUGCGGACCUACGUCCUCGGCUCGCGUACGGCUUAUGACUUGCUCCCACAACUGGAGAAGCAGAAGCGUCAGGACCGCCCCUCCCGCGGUACCUACGGUCUUCCCGAAUAUAAGCGCCAGCUUAUCGGUGCUAUGCCCGGUGAUUACGGCGACUACGACGAGAAGGACGAUUCGGAGACGGAUGGAGAAUAUGAGGACGCCCAGUCCAACGACACGACCCCUACUGCCACUCCUCGUAUGAGGAGUGCGGCACUUCCUUUCACCGGCACUGCCGACCCGCGCCUCGUGCCACUUCCUUUGUCGCCUACGUUGCAAGCUAGGAAGCUUGCGAACGAAGAUUCCGAAUAUGGAACACCCAGCUCUACCCCUCGCCAGAACCUUGUGGCUCUCCCGGAAGACGAUACACCCCGUCGUUCCUCUGCUCUCGACUACGCACGGCCAAUCGUUGCUAUCGCCAAUCCGGCUUGGAUGCUCAACUUCUUUGUCGCCAUGUUUGGUUGGAUGGCGAUUCUUAUGGGCAGCCCACGCGAGCAGCAGUCUCAGCGUCGCAUUAUUGCCCACUAG